AUGGCUUGCAACUCCUGUAUAUUGAGAAUAUACAUCGACCUUAAUUCGUGGGUUGGCUUUGAGUAUCCAAGUGGAGCCAAUACUGACAAACUGAAACAACGAAAGACGAAACUUGCGUCUCAAAAUAAGAUAAGGACGGCCGUCUCGAUAAAAGAUGGAAGCGCUGGAUUGUCUGGAGACUACAAAUGCUCUUACGGGGAUCAAUCCAAAUCUAUCUCUGUUACUUUCAACGAAAAGCUAACCUUCGAUGACUCCGCUGAAGACGCUAAUGGCAAGCAACUCGAGGUCGGAACAAAAUCUUUCGACUGCAAGGCCCAACCAAGUGGAUUGAAAUACAUGUGGACUGUUGGAUCUGAAGAGCCAAAAGAAGGCCAGACGCUUGAUUUCGGAGAUGGUGUUACCAAAGAUUUCGACGAGAGUACUGAAUACAUCUGCGAAGUGACCAGAGCAUCUACUGGAGACUACGACCAGCUGAUCUACAAAUUUUCGGUUGUUUAUGCUCCAGAAGUGACUAUUCCAGAAAGUUCUUUUGUCAGAAAAGAAGGCGAUUCUGCUUCCCUUGUCUGCAAUGUCGACGCGAAACCUGCAGCAGAUAUUACUUGGUCGCGCGACGGUAAGGUCAUAGAAGGCCAGACCGAGACAACUUUAAAGCUGGACAACUUGACCUUCGCCGAUCAUAACGGAAAAUAUAAAUGCACGGCGAAUAAUAAAAUUGGAAAGGAGGCAAGUGGGGAGAUCGAUGUGACUGUCGUGGUGCCUCCUAAAGCCACAAUCACUCAGGGAGAAUCCGUGAACGUGAAGGAGGGUGAUAAAUUAAAGCUCGAAUGCACUGCUAGCGGCCAGCCAAGCCCAACGAAGUUCAUUUGGACAUUGCCCGACGGAACGCAGCAGCCAGAAGGAUCCACCUUCAAAACAGACGCAAACAGCGAUCACAAUGGCGAGUUUACCUGCAGCGCUUGGAAUGAGGUUGAAGGCGAGACUUACGGACCUGGAAACGCGACCAUCAAAGUCUCCGUUCAAUACUCGCCAAAGAACAAAAGCCCGUCGACGACGAUUUAUGGCGUUGAGAACAAAAAUACUGAGAUGAAAUGUAUCAUUAGCGCGAAUCCAAGUGCGACUGCUUUUUGGAAAGAAGAUCCCGAUCAGAAAAACACGACGACUUCUACUUCCGACGACCCUACAGAAACCAUCAGUACCUACACCGUUCUUGCCUCAAAGGAAAACUUCAAGACGUACACCUGCAGUGCAAAGAACGACAUAAGCGACGCUGAAUUCGUUUUUGAACUUAAAAAAGCUACUCCUCCAGCAAAGCCCGAGGCCCCCACAGCCAGUGACGAGCAGAUUAUGUACCAAAGUAUCACUUUCAACUGGAAGAGCCCCGAGUCUGUUAUUCCAAUAACCUCCUACAAGAUAAGCUACACGGAUAAAGAUGGAAACGAGAAGGAUACAGUUUCAGCUGGAGCCGAUACGACUAUGCAGCUUACCGGACUCAAGGAAGAAACUGAAUACACUUUCUACAUAACCGCUCAAAAUGAAGCUGGCGAUAGCGAAAAAUCAGAAGGCGUCACGCUAAAGACAAAGAAGCCAGUCCCGCCAACCGUCAAAAUUACCAAAAAUGAAACCGUCGAUACCUCAAUGAAAUUCACGUAUAAGAUCGACGUCUUGGGCGCCGAAAACCUCAAGUCGAUCGACAUCAAAUACUACGAGAUCAAAGCAGAUGGAACCAAGGGCACUGCAGUGACGAAGAAAUUCACCGCAAGUGAUUUCGAAUUUAACAAAGAGAGCAAGAUCGGCACCGCAAAUUUGACUGGACUUGAAGCUGGAAAGACGUACGAAGCCGAGAUAACCGUAUUCAACGACAAGAUUGGCUCCGAGCCACAGAAGAUCAAGUUUGAAAUGAAACCGGGCACUGGCAGCUCUACUGUUACCGUGAUUGGCGUGAUGCUUGGAAUUAUUGUCGUUCUCCUUGUCUUUGUGGACAUUUCCUGCUAUUACAUGCGCCAGGGCGGGCUAAUGAUGACCUGCCACAAGGCGCUCUGCUCGCAGCCGGAGCCAAAAGUGCCAGAGUCGACAAACGAGGAAGCCGAAAAAGUACCCCUCGCGCCUGAAAAUGGUAAAUAA